AUGGGCUGUAGCAGCUCAAAAGAAGAUAACGUGCAGGAGCCAGAGCCCGAAAAAAAGAAGAAGUCUAAGAAGGACAAGGACAAGGAAAAGAACAAGGAAAAUGACAAAAAUAAAGAUGGAAGUAAAGACGAUGGAAAGGAAAAGAAAGACAAGAAAAAGAAGAAAAAUAAAGACAAAGACAAAGAAAAAGAUAACGCUAUCGAAGACCCCCCGCAACGAAUCGAAGAAGACUUACAACAGGCUCCACCUCCACCAGGUGGUCCUGCUGAACAAACCCAUACCUACCCCUCUGUGGAUGUAAAUGAAAAUGAGUUCCUACCACGAAACGACCCAAAAGAUCUUGGCGAUGCAGACGUUAUUCUUAAUGACAUAAACCAAAACUCAGCGCCAGUUGUGAAUCCUGCUAAAUACUCUGGUUCUCAACCUUUGAAUACACCCGCGAAAACUCCGAUGUACGAUCUACGGCCAGGAACUUCACCAGAGGACAUUAAAAAUCUACAAGAGAUGCAGGAAAUGCAAAAAAAGCUUGAAAUGCUCUCGAUCGAGCAACAAGAUCAGGCAAAGCAUAAUGAGGAUCUCCUCAAUGCUCUGAGACAAAUGGAUGCUGACCAGAAAGAAAGCGCGAAGCAACAUGCGAGCCAACUUGAACAGCAAAAACGAGACUACGAAACGAUUCUUGCUGGAAACCAGGAAGAAAUCAAAGAACUCCAGCGCCAACAGCAAGAAGAGCUUCAUAAGCUUCAAGAACAGCAGCAAGCGGCACUAAACCAACAAACGCCAGUGAAGCCCGCGACGGCGGUGAGUGUCAGACCACAGACCUACCAGACAGAUCCAGGAACAAGCAUCUCCCAGAGACCGGUGAAAACUCCGCUCAUGCCUCCAGGAACUGCAGCUACGACAGCAUUGAUGGAAAAUGCGACAAAAGAAGAAAUCGCCGCAAGAUUCCUCGUCAUGAAACAGAUCGCAGCUCGAAGAAGGAAGGACAACGAUAAACUAAAAGCUCAACUUAUUGAAAUCCUUGCACAGCAACGAAACCAGCCCCCCAUCCGACCAAAUACUUCUGCAAGCGUCAUUAUGGCCAAGCGAGUCAACGAUCACCAAGUUCAGCGUAUGGAACAUAUCAUCAAAGAACAAGACACUAUCAUCAGCAAGCUGGAGCAUCUUCUUGGACGAGCUGAUGUUCAACCAGACAACGCAUUCAAGGCGCAAAUCGACGAGCUCUACCAUCUAACACAACAGCGACAACGUUUCUUUAUUGCCUGUAACCAUGAAAUGAAGACCCCUCUUCAAGAACAACAAGCACUGCCGAUGGCUUAUCAAACACAAGCCGCUCCUCACGUGCAGCAACAAACGAGUCCAGUGUACGCGAUUGCCCCAGCAGCGAUUCAAGAGAGAGUUUUGCCCCAGCAAAAUAUAACUUACGUGCAGCAGCCUCUGCCACUGGCAUAUGGAGAGCCUAAUGUCAGUCGUCAGCCAAGUUAUCCCAUUCUAGCGCCACGAUCAGUAAGAUCGCUUCCAGCUCCACAGCCUUCGAAAAUGGAGGAGCUUUUCGAAAAAGAACAACGCAAGAACGAGAAGCUCGAGCAGCAAAUGGACCUUGAAAGAAGAGAGGCGAAUUAUCAGAAACAAAUGGCCGAAAGAGAACUCGCACUUGUCCAAAAUCAACUCCGAAUGCAGCAGGCUCAAGCAGCUUAUCCCAGUCAGCCGUACCCUGGACAAGCGUGGGGAGCACCACCGCAAGGAGCCCUUCCUCCAGUUGGUUAUCCGAACAAUGGAUUUCCUCCUCGUCCGUACUAA